UCCCCAAAAAUCUUUUUUUAAUAGCACUCUAUAAUCUUGAAAUUUAUAAAAACAUACAGUCAUCAUAUAAUUAAAUUUGAACUACAAUUCAGUGGACAUUGUGCUGCUCCCUCUGGUCUGCGGGACUUGGCAACCUGGGGGCGGUGUAAUACAGACAUACGCAUAUACAUGGAUCCGGCUCAGUUCCUCAGUUAGCCGCAGUAAUACUAGUCGUUCUCCACAUAGGAUAAAGAAAAUAUGCUUGCGAGUAUUGUUAUAUUGUCUGUCUGCGUGUGUUGCUGCACCCUGCUGCAUACUGAUCAUUUAAAAAAGUGGAGAAGGUGAGAGGAAAACAGUUUUUUGUUCAAAGGUAGCGAGGAUUUCGACCUUUUUCUCUGUGACACCGAACACGCGUAAACGACAAAAGCACGACUCACACGCUCUUGCCGGCAGCAGUAGCGCUGCCGUCGGUGUCAGUCGAGGAGGAUGAAGCGGAGAGUGACGCUUUCCAUCAUUCGAGCGGUUCAAAUGGUAAACUUGCAGAACAUGGAUGCGUGUCUGCGUCAGCCUCGGGCCCCCAAAUGACUAAACGCCCGUGUGCGAGGAUGAUGAUGCUUUGAACUCCAAAGUUGUCUUUGACUUCUGAGGCAUAUUUGCAUUUCGAACCGCCUUUUGUUGUUUUAUUCAUCUGAAUUGUGGAAACGCUUGCAAAUCAUUCUCAUCACGCCCCGGUGUUGUUUUUGUCGACUUGCUGCGGUGUGAUUGAAGAAAAGCGUGUAUUCUAUCCAUCGCCUCCACCCACCUCCCCCUCCGAACAGAACAACCGAACAUUUGAAUUCUCUCUGUGCACAGUGGGCAGAAACAAGCACCGUCACGUAUGUUGAGUAGAUUGAAUCCUCUCAUGCAGGAGUCUGAAUAAUAUUAUUAUUAUUAUUAUUAUUAUUGUCGAGGUGGGGGAGGAGAUGCGCCAUUCGGACGGAUGCUGCAGCAGCGCGUAAAAAGCUGCGGAUGCUCCCCCUGCAUGCGCGCGUCCAAGGGGCAAUCGUCAAAGUUUCCGAAGCACGCCUCGGCCGCGCUUCUUCUCCCCCCCCCACCCCCCCGGCUCAGGCACCGCUCGCAAGCAGGCUGGAAGACCACCAGGCUCGCAGCCGGACUCAGCCGCUUCGCAGGGCGCACAUGAUCGCGACCGGUGUGUGCGGCGUGGCGCUGGUCCUGGUUCUGGUGGUGCUCAUCCCGGCCAUGGUCAACUCCGCCGGGACCCCCGCCCGCUACGAGAUGCUCGGCGCCUGCCAAAUGGUGUGCGACCCCCACGGGACCGCCGCCGCCACGGCGCCGGCGAAGGCGGCCGGCGAGCCGGUCAAAGACAACCGCCCGGUGCAGUCGCUGCCCACCUUCAUCCAGGGUCCGCAAGGGGAGCCCGGACGCGCGGGGAGGACGGGUCCCAGGGGCCCCGCGGGCGAGCCCGGCCCGCCCGGCUCCGCCGGCCCGCCCGGGGAGCGAGGGGCGCCCGGUCCUCCGGGUCCGCCGGGGGCCAGCGGACCCACGGGGGCCAUCAGCGCGGCCACCUACAACACGGUGCCAAAGAUCGCCUUCUAUGCAGGACUCAAGAAGCAGCACGAGGGGUACGAGGUGCUCAAGUUCGACGACGUGGUCACCAACCUGGGCAACCACUACGACCCCUCCACCGGAAAGUUCACGUGCUCCAUACCGGGGAUUUACUACUUCACGUACCACGUGCUGAUGCGAGGCGGCGACGGCACCAGCAUGUGGGCCGACCUGUGCAAGAACAACCAGGUGCGAGCCAGCGCCAUCGCGCAGGACGCCGACCAGAAUUACGACUACGCCAGCAACAGCGUGGUGCUGCACCUGGAGCCCGGCGACGAGAUCUACAUCAAGCUGGACGGCGGCAAGGCGCACGGCGGCAACAACAACAAGUACAGCACCUUCUCGGGCUUCAUGCUGUACGCCGACUGAAAAACAAAAACAAAAACAACAACCACCAUCUCGUGUUCUCUCUUUGCUCGCUUCCUCCCUCGCACGCUCCAUCACUUGUUGGAUUAGUAGAGCCAGUGCUUCACAUCACCCUUGUUCGCCAAACGAGCUUGCCGAGAUUGUUGUAUAUCGUCUUCACACACAAACACACACAUAGAGAGAGAGAAGGCAAGAAUGGAAUGUAUUUGUUGACAUGUGGUCUGAUUGGUGUCUAACUGGAUGAACUGCGAAGCAAUGCCACGUUGUAAUGUAGCUGCCGCCGUAUAAUAUAACACGCGAUAUACAGUACAUGUGUGUCUCAACCCUCAUUCAUCACAAUAGUCGCACACUCUGGAAUGUAUUCACGGUAGCGCUCCCCUCUCGGAUCUGUUUUAAUCCCACUCGAGUUUGUUUGGUCCAGUGUGAACGAGGCGGUCAGACUAAAUCAAACGACGUUUGUUCAGUAGCAUUUAGAACGCUCUUUCCGCAAUCUUCAUUGAGCCAAAGCAUUCAAUUUACAGUCGAAAAAUCUCACGGGAAGCCGCCAAACAAACAAAAGUAGAAUCUUUUUUUAACGAUCUCUCAAUUUACUCACAGAUGUGCUUAAUCAGUUAAAUCUGGGCCUGUUUGGUUGAACACAAAACUAUUAUUCUGUCAUAAAAAUGGCCUCAGGUGGCUACAUACUGGUAAGUCAAUUAUACCUCUUACUUGCGAAUUCAUAGAUUUGUAUUUUUUAUUAUUUUUUUAAAUCCAUCUGCCACUAUUUGUGAAACAAGACAACUAAACUAUUUGCUGUUCUGUGCUCAGGCCAAGACCUGUCUAAUAUGAAAGUAUUGCUUAGGCACCAUCUUGUGGGCAAUCAAAAUAUUAGGGCAAUCAUUUUGAUAUUUUCAGCGGUUGACGAGGGCGUAAGUAAACAUGUCCACAAAAAUUUGGGUGACGAUUGUUUGUAGUUUUGUGACAUUAAGCUAUGUUAAGGUUUUCUCUGUUGCGAGCGUAUAGAGGCGUCUCCAAACGAUCGGCAAUCAAAUCGAACAAGUUUGAUUGCGUAAUCGUACAUUUUCAACCUGUUCACUAUUUCCAACUCCAAAUGCUUAUUGUGCGUGUGGUCAACACAGAGUUCGGCCAAAUGGACUGCGCGAUUGCGACGUGAAACGGAACGAAAGCCAAUCACUUCGUGCUGUUGUCGAACACAAAUAGAAGAACAGCUGGUUGUGUUGAGCGUUUUCGUAACGUAUCGUCCACCACAAAGAGAGGAGUAGGAGAAGGAGAAGAGUUUGUACCACCUGCGUAAACGACAAAAGCAAGUAAUACCAGGCCAAAUACCGUAGACCAGUAAUCCCCCGUGAAUAUCGAAAGAUCUGCACUACUUUUCUAUUGGACAAGAUUCAGGCUCCUCCCCUAACUUCAACGUCACACGUUUCUUGGCACCAAGACCAAAGCGCUACUUUUCCAUAAGACAGAGCUUUGGCACUAGUUUAUGGCAUAAACAAAGAGCACAAAAACAGCUAAUUAGUUAAUGGAGGACAGGUUAAAGAAAAGAAUAAUAUAGUCACAAGUAGGCUGGGGAACACUGAAAAACAAAGAUGCCCUCUAAGAGAUUUUCGCAAACCUUUGCGUUUACAUUCUCGCGACCAAUAAGAAAAGAGAGUGACGUCAGAUGCAUUGCUUAAAAAAAAAUGACAGCGUGACAACAAA